UAAUAAACUUUCUAAACUCGACACCCACUGCCUGAAUAUUUCCCAAGACAUUCUUAAACGAAAGCUGCAACGUGAUAAUAAUGACUUAAAAAGUUGGAGUACAUUCGUGACAAUAGGAAUACGUGAAAAUCGAUUGAUUUUUUAUCGAAAAUUUAUUAACACUAUGAUUUUAAGUGUCCUACGUGACUGAACGAAGGGAUUUGAUUUUGCCGGGUGCAUCGCGCAUGCGUAUUGAUUAUAUGUACAUCGAGGGUAAAAGGGACAGCAUCUUCAUUAGUUUACGUACAGCGCGUGGGGAGUAUCUCUGUGCUUGAUAAAACCUCAAUUGCAAAUACACCUUCAUCGACUCGAAGUUUUUCGUGAGACAUGUGAUUUGAAUAGCGAUAAGAAAUAUACGCCCACGUGGACAAUGAUUAGCAAUAAUUCUGGGGGUCCACCCCGGAUCAUGGUCUUCCGGCCUUCUUACGAAGAGUUUAAGGAUUUCUCUAAAUAUGUCGAGUAUAUGGAAAGCAAGGGUGCGCAUAAGGCUGGUCUAGCAAAGGUUAUCCCACCGAAGGAAUGGGUACCACGUAAAGGAGGCUAUAAUUUGGACGAUUUGAAUCUUACAAUACCGGCACCAAUCUGUCAGGUGGUCACUGGCAAGCAAGGACUGUAUCAGCAAAUCAAUAUACAGAAGAAAUCUACAACUGUUAAAGAAUACAGUAAACUUGCUAAUUCAGAGCGUUAUUGUACACCUCGUCACUUUGAUUAUGAAGAUCUUGAGCGCAAGUAUUGGAAGAACAUUACGUAUGUUGCUCCAAUAUAUGGGGCAGAUGUCUCUGGAUCACUGACUGACCCUGACGUUAAAGAAUGGAAUAUUAAUCACCUUGGCACAAUUUUGGAUUAUGUUAACAAAGAUUAUGGUAUUUCUAUCGAUGGAGUUAAUACAGCCUAUCUAUACUUUGGCAUGUGGAAAACAACUUUUGCAUGGCAUACUGAAGAUAUGGAUCUUUAUUCAAUCAAUUAUCUGCACUUUGGUUCACCAAAAACAUGGUACGCCAUUCCACCAGAACAUGGACGAAGACUGGAACGAUUAGCAAGUGGUUUCUUUCCAUCAAGCUAUCAAAGUUGUCCUGCUUUUCUUCGUCAUAAAAUGUCAUUGAUCUCACCACAAAUAUUGAGACAGUAUUCGAUACCUUGUGAUAAGAUUACACAGGAGGCUGGCGAAAUAAUGAUUACUUUUCCAUAUGGUUAUCAUGCCGGAUUUAAUCAUGGAUUUAAUUGCGCGGAAUCCACCAAUUUUGCAGCUCCCAGAUGGGUGGAGUAUGGGAAAAGAGCCACGCAAUGUACGUGCAGCAAAGACAUGGUCAAGAUUUCUAUGGAUACUUUCGUCAAACGGUUCCAACCUGAUAGGUAUGAGCUUUGGCUCCGAGGCGAAGACAUCGGUCCUCACCCAGAAGAUCCACGUCAAACGGCAGCUCCAAUGCCAUCCCAAAUGGAUCUUUUGUGCAGCAGCAGCAGUAACGGUCAGCUUCCACAAAGUUAUCUUAACGCGGCUGCAAAGAACAAACGUCAUACAAUCCACAAGAAAAAAAUUAUCGCUGCAACAAAUCCUGACGUGGAUAUAGGAGAGCUAGCGAAUCUCUCGGAUAUAACACUGGAACUAAAGAAAGCCUUACAAGACAUGGAGGAUGACGCUGACGAUGGUCCAGAUGAGCAACAACUCGAGGUCCUGGAGGAUAUCUGGUUAAAAGCCGAAGAAAUGGAAGAAGCGAACGUCUAUGACGACGGCUACAACCGUAAGAAGAAUCGUAAGAGGAAGAAAAAACAACAGCAUGUUAAUUCGGAGAAGGAGAAGCGCGGCGUGAAGUCUAAGAAGAACUCCAGUAAGUCUGCAAGCAGUUCGGAAAGCGUGAGCGUCACAGAAAAUAUAGAAAUUGCCUCGAGCGAGUCCUUAGACAUCCUGGACCAUCAAGUUCCUUGCCUGAUGCUGAACGGCUCGAAAAACAAAGAUUACCCCGACCAGGAGAAGAUUUCGAAAAAGAAGAAGAAGCAUUCCAAGAGUUCUGAGCAGAAGAAGCAGAAGCAGAAGCACGUCAUAAAGAGUAAUCGCAAGCACCCGAAUGUUCCCAUCUUCAGUCCCGACGAACCAUUAGAUGUCUCUGAUGCCGACGUUCAGAGGAAGCUGAUGGCUAUGCCCAGUCUGAGCGCGCAGCAGAAACCAUCCAAUGUUAAGGAUAUGUCUGCGGGUCAGUGUAAGAUUAAUCUACUACCUGGAAACAUAAUUUCUGUAGGCAAUGAAGUUAGCAUGACUGCUGUCAAGGAUAAGGCGGUAGUAAAUAUUACUCACGUCGGACAAAUGUCUGGCCACCAUGAGAAGGAUAAUGAAAAGCCAAGGGAUGAGUUUGCUAAAAUAACGAACGCCAAUCGGGCUACUCUAAGCAAGGCUGAGUUUUCAAAGUCAUCAUUACUGAGGACAACGUGCUUGAUACCGAAAAACCAAAACCACGAAAUAAAUAAUACCUCUGUAUUUUGCAAACGGCACGAUGAAGUCAUCGCAACGGAAGUAAAUUCGCCUACAAAGCAAAACUUUGGAGAAACUACAAACAAAUCUGUAAGUAGCCCAUUAACUGAAAAACCAAUGCAUAGCUACGCCAGAAACAUAAUCAAGGCUCCGAAGUUAAGUGUAUUCAAGGAGAAUAGCACCUUGAACUCAGAUAUGCAGCAGAUGCCAAAAUUAGAAUCCGAAACUAAAAUCAAAGAAGACAAGGAUGUUUCGACUGCGGCAGACGGACUCCUGGUGUUGCAACAGAGCUGCUUCAGUGGUUUGCCUGAGCCUAAGAUCGGUCCUAACACGAGUGUCAUGUUAGUAUCAAAUUCUACGAUCGCAAUGAAGUCUCAGGAUGCUGGUACAAUCUUUAGUCCACGAAGUACCAACAUUUCUUUCGACACGAAUAAGAACGAGAACCCAAUGAUAUCUUGUACACCCCUGGCAAGGUUACAUCCAUCGAAGUCACAACUGGGAACUCCUAGAUUCGACCUGAGCAUACACCGAAUUCCAAACAAUGACACGAAGAUGCGAGACACGACAGAACCCUCUAGUUCAAGGUCACAAAGAAAUCCACCAAGGAAGAUGUGGCAUAGUCCCAGCGGUAGCUGCAAACCUUUAACCAACGACGACAGUGGGGAUCAAUUACUCUCUCGGCAUACCUUGGCUCAUCCUGGAAUCCUGGAUGACAGUUCCUUCCAUGGUGCCACUAAGCCUCUGACAGUAAUACCGAAGUAUGCCAAGGUAAUCCAGGUUCCCAUUGCCAAAGCCUUGCCUGCGGAGUCCAGGCAGCAGUCAUUCACGUAUUCAAACGACUUGGUGAUGGAGAUCGUUAGUAAACCUGGUGAAAAGGGUAGACGCAAAACAUGCAGGCAGCCUCAGGAGAAGAGACAAAGUUGUCGGCCGUUCACGGUAACUUUUGCCAAACCACAGAAUCAACCUACACAGAAACCAACCAAGGUGAAGAUGUGCUCCAUAUCCACCCAGGUGGACAAUCUCAGUAAGAUGGAGUUAGAUAAAAAUUCAGUAAUACUGUCAGGUGCGGAAUUGAACGCACAGCCCAUGACGGAAGUGUCUACUGUCCAGAAUCGUAGAAAUCCACUUGUAACAUACGUUCCUAGCAUCAGUACCGAUGGCUGCGUCAAGCUGCAGGACGGUCCAAUUAAAUUUGGCUCGUCCCAACAACAUCAGACGAAGAAGUCGUCUUAUCGGCAAAAUGUUAAGUCCGAGGUCAAAAUGGAGAAAAUUGACAAGUCCCCAAGUAUAAAGGAAGAGGAUGUCGACGUUAAGCCACCGCUCACUAUUAUUUUAGAAGAACAGUCACUUAGCAAUCGCAUCUGUAAAUUAUCUCCAAGUAAUUUUCCGCUGAUACCUGGACAUAUAUCAGACGUGCUCUAUCCCAAAGUCCCCCCCAUGAACCUGAUUCAGGCCUUCAAUGAUUACUGGAGCGCUCAGAUAUCUCAUUGUGCUGUUUGUGCGAGUUUCGCAUCCACCGCGAAUAUCGGUGGACGUCCAAUGCCUCCGGAUUGGAGGUACUGCAAGCCUAUGGUCCUACCGGAAAAGUCUCCUAUAUGGGUAUCAUCAACGCUGUUCGCUGUCAAUUCCAAAGAGCAGGGUAUCGAACCAGAAAACGACACGUUACUUAGCUGUAGAGAAUGUCAUGUGACAGUUCAUGCAUCUUGUUACGGCAUUACUGUACCACCAGCAGAUUUGCACAAUUGGGCUUGCGAUAAGUGUAGAGCAGGGACGGCACACGUGUCGUGUUGUCUUUGUCCAAUACGUGGUGGAGCCGUAAAGCGAACUAGUGACAGUCGCUGGGCUCAUGUACUUUGUGCUCUACUGGUACCAGGAGCGAUAUUCAAAGAUCCCGCCAAUAAAGAUCCCAUAAAUGUAUUAACCAUCAAAACCGAGAUAGUCAAACAGGAAUGCUGUUAUUGUGGCCAAAAAUAUGGCGCUUGCUUAAAGUGUAAUCGAUGCGACGCAUUGUUUCAUCCAUCGUGCGGACUUAUUGCUGGAGCAACCUUUGUCAUACCAGCUUACAAUUCGUUGGAACUGGAGGUUACGUGUCACGGUCAUGACACUGGAAAGGAAAAGAUUCCAAGUAUACGACAGGGUGAGCCCGUCUGGGCUAAACAUCGUAACAACCGUUAUUAUGAGGGAAAAAUAGAUUCGAUAAAUGAUACUCUCUUCUACAUGGUCUUAUUUUCUGACAAAAGUUUCAGUUAUGAUCUCUAUCCUUCCGAUGUCAUUAAUUACGAGCCAGGAAAUCCUCCGGCGAUUGGCUCAAAUGUUAAAGUCAAGUGGACUGACAACCGAGUUUACGACGGUGUAUUUACUGGUACCAAUCAUAGAAUCAUGUAUACGGUGAUAUUCGAGGAUGGUUCUCAACUUGUAUUGAAACGUAAUGAAAUCUACAGUCUAACAGAGGAUAUGCCGAAGAGAGUACUUUCGAGACUGUCCAUUGCGACCGAAAUGAAGCACCGAUCGCAUCUAUACGGCAACGAUGACUGCUCCGAAACGCCGAGGAAAGUCAAAAUCUCGAAAAAGAAUUGACUCGAAGGUAUUCGCGACUAUUGAUUGUAAAUAUCAUAUAAAUCAUUUUUCAUAGUUAUGUAUACAAAUACGUAUAUGUAUUGUGUCUGUAUGAAAGGGAGAGAGAAAAGAAAAACUUAUUGAGACAAAAGUUUUAAGUGAGCAAAUGUCAGAGAAUGCAAGAGUGUGUCUGUGAGAGCGUGUUUACUUGUGCUUAAUGAAAAUAAAUAUUACGUGUGUACAUACAUAUAUUAACGUGUACAGGUUGACUAGGUCGAAACUGAUUUUUUUCGGUUUUUCCAACAACAAAAAUUCAUAACGAUCGAAACUCAUAAAUUUACGUUUAAUCGGUGCAACACCUACAUUCUGAUCAACUGAUGAAGCGCAUUGUUUUUUUACAAAGAAUUUUCCGUUUUGAACCAUUUUCUUCGUUAAUGUGUAAAUAACGAAUCAAAGGGAAAUAGGAAGGGAAAUAUGAUUCUGGCGAGAAGAAAUUAUCAAAUUGUCUAGACGACAGAGAGGGUGAUAAAGUUUUUGUACAUUGAUAAAUCUAUGGCGUAUUUCGUGAGAAUAUUAUUUAUGAAAAUAAAACUUGCUUGUUACAGUCGAUUCUACUAUAUGAAAAUAAUGCAACAGCCUUAAGCUGGGGUCUGGUAAGAUUUAGAAAAUUGAAAAAUUACUCUGGACUCUGUUAUCGUCAACCUGUGAAAGGGAACAAUUUCAACUUCUUUCAGUUAUUUGACUCGACUGUUGACAAAUUUAAUACUUAUUGAAAAACUCAUAAGACUCGUACAAGCUUUUCCUUUUUUAUAUUACAUAAAUUUCCCUGUUAUGUACUUAUACACAAAAAUAUUAUCCUGUUUAAACAUUGAUACCAGCAAUUAUUAUUAACUGCCUCCAGCAAGUCGAUGCUUAUCUUCUAUCACUGUACGUCCAGUUUGUUCACCGGUAUGUACUGUCAUGCAAUUGUUGGUUAGUUUCAAACAAUAAAUAAGGCCUCAUAAAUGGUGAACUUGAUAAAAAGAGAUAAAGAAGUAAGAAGCGUGUAUCAAAAUGUAUGUGAAACUUUGUGAAGUUGUCAACAAUGGGCUUUUAUAUUGUCAGAAGCUUGAAAUAUGUUCCUACAAGUUGAUAACCCUUAGCUCGGAUAGUCCAAACGGAGUUUUCAGCUUUCAGACUUUUUCUACGACCGGCUGAAAAUUCGGAUCACGUGGCACAAAUCUAUAGUAGUAAUAUGUAUAAACUUGUAUGAUCUUCAACUGAUCCGUGGUUAGUCAUUGUUAAUUGUAAUACUAAUAGCUGUCACGUAUCAACCAAGUAAGCCUGUACACCUGGAAUAUUUAUUUAGCCGAGGAAUGCUCGAGUAUAGAGAUGCGACUAUGUCGAAUGUAUCGUUCACGUAAAUUACUCCCACUCGAGCAGCCCUCUGACUCUUUCGUAGCCUCUGUAACACGUAACAAGGAAAAAAACUACGAACCAUCCGAGUAAUGAGGUUAUUAAUUAAUUCAAGCUUUUUAGUUUAAUUAUUAAAAAAGAAUAGGUCGACCAUCGGAUUGUUAUAACGGAGAAGAUUGUAUUUUCUUCUCAUUCGUGCUUUCUCCCCGUUUUAAUUAUUAUUUAUUUUUUAUUUCAACCUCGUUCGUACCUGCAAUUGACUGACGUCUUGCGAGAGAUUAGUGACGAUUAUGUUUAAGACUAUCUGUAUUGCAACUACAGGAGAGAGAGAGAGAGAGAGAGAGAGAGAGAGAGAGAGAGAGAGAGGGGCGACGAAGAACGGAAAUGAGGGGUUGAGGAGGCUAAUUAACGAGCGCAAAAUUUUACUCUAAUGACAAAACAAAAUAUUCCGACCUUUUUUUUCUGUAUUUAUCAGUCAAUUACUGUAUAAAUGUCAUUGUGUCGUCCUUUUCGGUAUUCUCUUUUAUUAAAUUGAGAUAUUUUAGCGAACGCGAGGAACGACGCAAGAAUCUCAAAAUAUUUAUCGACGCUCAAUAAGAAUUUUACACAAUUCGUUUUAUUAUACGAUUAUUCGUUUGAUCAUAUACAAUGUGUCUUUUUUUCGAUCAGAAACGCUUCUGGCUGCAAUUGAAAUGGAGUUAAGCGUUUAGUCAAUUUAAAUUAUAAUUUCCCAUAAAGUGCUCGCAAACGUCUGAAUGGGAAAGAAAAAAGUAAAACUAUCAACUAUUAAAAAAAAAAUAUCCGACUCUCCGAUAACUUUCGAAGAAACGUCCCUCCUCGGCAUUUUGUGUUUGAUACCUAAAUCUGUGAUUGGUUUAAUCGAGGAGAAACAGCUGUCUUAAAUUGGAAUAUAGAUUUACGUUAUAACUAUGUAUAAUCCGUUUUAUUCGAUUACGUUAAGUAUUAUUGAUAGUUUACAUACGUGUAUAUAAGACUUGAUGAUGCCCACCCUCCCAUGUAUUACUUAAUAACAAAAAUUGAAUAUAUAUAUUAUAUAUAUAAAAGUAUAUACAUUCAAAUGCGUGUAUGUAUACACACACGAAUAUAUAUAUACUUUAUAUAUAGUAUCGAAGAAUAUAUAUUUAUAAAUAUACAUGUAUUGUAUCAAGCAUCUCUGAUUCAUCAAAUCGUAUGGGAGAGUUUUCUUUGGUACGACGCUAGAACCAUCUGUAUGAAAAUUACGUAAACUGAAUGUAUGUUUUACGGUCGUUUUACGCAAGCAAAGUCUGACACGAUCCGUGACGUAAAUUUACAAAAUAUACAUGUAAAAGAUAAUCGUUCAAUUCUCGCCUCAACCCCCCGCUCAUUCCCUCCCUCCGCCCUGCGAGGGAACCUCGCGGUUCGAUUUCCGGGACUCGCAUCCUUACAAGAUAGUUCCAAUUAAAUGCAAUCAAUGUGAACCGCAGUUGUUGCUGAAUUAAAUUGACAUUUUUAAC